GGCGUUACCCCUUGUAUCAGUGCUGAUGCUUUUCAGCCCGUAGUCUUCUUGAAAGCUUCAGAUAAGCCUCUCCGUCACUGUCAGAGGCUUCGUCUUAGUUCUAAUAUCGUGUAAUGACAACUACAACAUGGCCGGUCCCCUUUCGAUAGCCAGCGGCGCUCUUUCAGCUAUCGCUGCGACCAAGCAAACCGUGACUGUAAUUUACAAGUUUAUCCGAGACUGCAAAGAAGCUCGAUCAGAUCUAACCCGGAUCACGAGGGAGUUAUCGGAGCUCACACUAAUACUUGAGCUUAUAAGAGAUGAGAAUACCUCAAUCACGAAGGACUGCUUGCCCAAUGCACUACAAGUGCAGGUUCAGGCUAUGCUGGCCAGUUGCACUACUACCGUCCAACAGAUCGAAGAGACCCUUGUGAAAUGUCGCGGUAAACCCGGGCCGCUUCUCUGGACGAUGUUCGAGAAAGACAAAGUGACGACAUUGAAGGGCUCCCUCGAAGCGUUCAAGAGCGGCCUUAGUCUCGCGCUUGAAACUGUCAAUCUAUCUAUAUCACGAGAAAUCAAGAACAACACAGAGAUGAUUCAAGACACUACUGUUGAGAUCAAACACGACACCAAUCAAAUACUAAAUGAGAUCUAUAAAUUACGAGGACAGCUCCCACCUGCCCCGUCGUCAGAUCCAGAACACCAUCGGCUUGAACAGUGGCUCGAUAAUUUGACUCAUUAUGCGGAAACUAUCGUGGCUGGUGAAGAGCGUAAUGAGAUCUCAGAUGCGGAUGACCUCAUUGGGCAUACUGGAGCCCUAUGGGAGUCAGACAACUCUGCGGCUAUCUCUACACAGCCGUCUGAAGUUACGAGCAGGCAAGAUCCUUUGGCAACGACUAGGCGGGCUCCUGCGGCAGCCACUGGAAAAGCACCUAUAUCUACCUCUAGCGACGAAGGUUGGACUGGCACUGAAGAUGAUAGUGUAAAGCAUGCACCAAAACCGUCGAGAGCGCAUUCUCCGAAGAUCAAAGAGUCGGCAAUCAAGAAGCAGAACCAGAGCAACCGGGAAUCGAACCAGCUACCCUCCUCUAUCACAUUCUCCUCUGACACACUCUGCUCGCCAUGCAGCUCUAAGCCUGUGGCCCAGGACUACUGCGCAGCCCUAGAUCUUUGGGUUACUCUACACGAGGAUCUUGUCAUCAGACUCUGGUCAGCCCACGCAGGGAAACUCCGCGUGUUUUUACCAGCUCUUCAAGAUGUUUAUUACGAAACACGCUCAAGUGUUGUGAAAUUGAUGGGCUUGAAUGCAUCUGUGCUUUUCUGCCCUACAAGGCCUGAGCUUAUCCUCGUGGAAAUACACCGUUCCAAGAUGGAGGUAUGGGACUGGGAGAAAGGGGUCCGUAUUCAGACGCCGGAGAGAUUCAUCAUCAAAGGUACGAUGUCUUGGAGUACGCUGUCUUGGACGCGUUUUGUCCCACAGUCUACCAUCAUUUACGUGCGCACCUCCGACAACUACCUCAAGCUUGUGGAUCUUGUUGCGCCUUCGAAACUUUGGAAGAUAUCCCUUGCAGAGGUGUUGAGAUCGGUGUACAAGUCAGUGACAUCGGAAUACCUAGUCGAAAUGGUGAGGUUUGUUUCUGAAAGCGAGAUCUUCGUUCUGGGUAAAAGGCACCCCCCAGCAUUGGGAUUUUGGCGUGCCAGGUCACAACGGCACGCACGGGCGGGUUGGCUUAUUCAGCUCCCCGUGGUUUCAACCGAUGAACUCGGGGGAAGAGCGUCCCUGAGCACAAAAUAUAGUAUCACCGUUAUGAGCGGUUCUGAAGCUACCGCGCAUUACGCAAUACCCCAGGGACUCAUAUCCGUGUCUCAUUUGACUACGAUUGGCGAUAAGCGAUGGCUGACAGUUUCCGGGACCUGGAAGUUACGUGGGAGUGAAGGGAAGACCACACUCAAAAGGACCCAAAUCAUCAACUUGGAUACGGGCACCCCUGUGUCGAACUGGAAUGUGCCCUGGUUGUGUGCAGUGCAUCCAUACAAGUUUGCCAUCUUGGGCCCAACGAGUGAGAGCGCCAGUGUGAUCAACCUGGAAGACUUAAGCGAAUUAGGAACACUCCCGUCUGGGUGGCACUUUAGCCCCUCAAAUACUGACAAGAUCGCUCUCAUAAGAUACGUGAAUUCGAACAUUGAGUUCAGGAUGGUAGACGUCGUCUUAGAGAAACCUGCAAGGCAACGGCAACUACUACCACAGAACUGACGUGCAGCACUACACCACAUCACUACCAUAUGAUAAAGCAAGCGUAUCAAAAAUUUCCCUUCGUCUCGCACGCCUCUCUAACUCACUUGCUCGAAUAGCGAGAAUCAACACUCUCAAGAGCGGGGCCAUCCAUCACAUGAACAUAUUUUCUAAUAUUAGACGACAUCCUGGGUCUACCUUGUACGAGGCCAUUGUGGUAACUUAUAUAUGAUCAAAUGGCUUAUAAAAAGCCUCACGGGAAGAACCACCUGUUGGGAUACUUAGCACCUUAAGACUAAUUCCAGUCAUUUCAAAACGUUGGAUUCCAUGCCGGGUAUUACGGUGCGUAUGGAGCAGCACAUACACGAGAGUAUAUUCCACGUUCUGGGAAUGACUUGACUUGGACGGAAGCUCACAGAAGGCAAAGCGCGAAAAUUACGGGAAAUUCCUGGGUUUGUUAGCUUUCUCCUUUAUCCGGAACAUGCGAGCUCGGAGAAGGACGCUCCUGUGAUAUUCGCAAGCCUACUCAACUUUACCAUUCU